AUGCCCAUAUUACCCACAAUCAAAGAGGAGGAGAGCCAAACAUGGUUUCAACAAGUAUGGCAUGGUCGCAUCCAACUGCUGCUGACAAUACCAGCUUCGUUAAUUCUCUUUGCGGGCGGCCUGAAGCUGGCUUGGACGGUGUAUGAGGCUCCGCCAAAUCGCUUUGACUACGACUAUGACAGCAGUCUUUUAAUUGUGGCGUUAUUUGUUGGUGGUAUUUUGGGAUGCAUUGCGGCCUCAACAUUCGUUGGACGUGUAACAAAAAAUAUUGCUCAUAUACCUAGUGGUUCCCUACUUGUUUUUGGUGGGAUACUAUUCGUGAUAUUACCAAACUCUUUCAUUGGCAUGGCAUUCAGUUGUGUGUUUGAAGGCAUGGCCAUGGGCUUGACACAGGUGCAGACGUUCGUUGUGGGUCCCGAAAUGUGCAGCAAGGAAAUGCGGGGUUUUGUGAUGGCAACAGAACGAUGCUCUCUCUGGUUCGGUAUACUCAUGCAACUGACAUUCACAUAUUUGUGGUACGCACUCGAACCACCAUCCGGCUACCGCAGCCUGCAACCCGAUCAGAUUCACGGCAUUGUGGUGGCAUGCUUAGGAUUAGCAGCCAUCGUUGCGGCUAUUAAACAACGCAUCGAAUCGCCACUACUGCUCAUCCAACAGCAACGUGAACAUGCAGCAAGCAGUGUCCUGAAACAGCUCAUCGGCACCCAAUUGACCACAACGGAAGUGAUGCGCGUGCGUGAGGACUGUGUCCAAUUAAUGGCAAUCGAUGCCGACCAGAGUGGGUGGUAUGUCUUUCGGAGAUUCAACGCCGGCCCAUUAUUCAAAUUGUUUAUUUUACGUGGCUUUGUUACGCUAACAAUGUCGCAGCCAUUCAAUCGCGUGUAUUUGUCCGCCAGUUGGUUAGGCUUCAAUUGUGACACCAAUUGUUUGUACACCAUGGCGGCCACUGGAGCAUGUGGCAGUUUAUUGGGUUGCCUGCUAAUCGACAGAUACGGCCGGCGUAGAAUGUGUGUAGCUACAAUGCUGCCGGCCACAAUAUUUAUGCUCAUAACUGGUGGCAUCAUGGAAUAUUUGGUAAAUACCAAUGCAGCCAUUGUUCAGCUAGAUUUGGAAAUUAUUGCCCUCCUAAUGCUGCUCUUCCAAUUUAUCAUUUGCGUUGGGGUUUCCAUAGCGGCCAGUGUCUAUUUGUCAGAGGCAUUCACCGUCACGCAAAAGGCUAAGUGCGUGGCAGCGGUAUUGAUUGGCGAGCACACACUCCAAUUGGCACUAGCCUUAGUGUCGGCCUUGACGACCAUCAAUGGAACGGUUUUCUUCUUCAUCAUGGGAUUUCUCUGCAUGCUACUGGGAUUGUGUGUAUUCUUUUUGAUGCCCGAAACAAAGUGUUUGACUUUAUAUGAAUGUUUGCAAAAGUUCAAAAGAGCCUAGUUUGAACUGCUACACUAUCGCGUACUCACUAACCCACUCACACAUACGCACGCAUAACUUAGAGCAGGCAUUGAAUUAGCCUUAAUUAGAAAAAUUUGCAUUGGCAUCGAGCGAAUGGGGAGUCGUCGCAUACCCCGCAAAUGAUUGAUUAAAUAAUGGAUGGCACUUGAUGAAGAUGUGACACAAUGGCGGCCACAACGUACAUGCAUGUGUAUAUUAUUCUGAGUCGAUAGAUUGAUAGAUAAACCUGUACAUAACUAUGUCUGUAUGCAUACGUAUGUAUGUUUUUUUACGUCGAAUAAAGAAUUGAAUAUC